GCCGCGGGCGCAGGGUUCCGAGAGCAGACGACAGGGUGACAACAGUGGGGCCCGUCAGUGGCCAUACUGCUGCUUCGCCUGCUCGUUCAACCAUUUUCACCAAGUGUGUCGUGUCGACGUCCUGUAUGUGCCCCUUCCAGGCAGCAGGCCAUGGCAGAUGACAAGGACGUUCUGCGGGACGUGUGGUUCGGCCGGAUCCCCACCUGCUUUACCCUCUACCAGGAUGAGAUAACAGAGAGGGAAGCGGAACCCUUUUAUCUUCUCCUGCCAAGAGUCAGCUACCUGCCUCUGGUCACGGACAAGGUGAGGAAGCACUUUCAGAAGGUCAUGAAGCCCGACGACGUGGGGGAGAUGUGGUUUGAGUACGAAGGAACGCCUUUAAAAUGGCACUACCCAAUUGGCCUGCUGUUUGACCUCUAUGCCUCCAACACCACUCUGCCCUGGAGUAUCUUUGUGCACUUUAAGAACUUCCCUCAGCAAGAUCUGCUGCAUUGCCCCUCCAACUCGGUGAUCGAGGCCCACUUCAUGUCCAGCAUCAAAGAAGCGGAUGCGCUGAAGCACAAAGGCGCCGUUGUCAACGAGAUGCAGAAGAAGGACCAUAAGCAGCUGUGGAUGGGGCUACAGAACGAUAAGUUUGACCAGUUCUGGGCCAUGAACAGGAAGCUGAUGGAGUAUCCGACGGAGGAAGGGGGUUUUCGCUAUAUCCCCUUUAGGAUAUACCAGGUGACAAGCAAUCGGCCCUUCAUCCAGAAGCUGUUUCGGCCCGUGGCAUCAGAUGGUUGUCCCCACACGUUGGGGGACUUGUUGAAGGAGGUGUUCCCAGCUGCCAUACCCCAGAAUGAUGGGCAGAAGAAGUAUCAGGUGAUGAUUCACGGGAUUGAGCCCAUGCUGGAAACUCCUAUCCAAUGGCUUAGCGAGCACCUGAGCUACCCGGACAACUUCCUCCACAUCAGCAUCAUCCCGGCGCCCAGUGACUGAUCCCGACGCCUGGCUUCGUCCUAUCGCCUGGCAGCCACGGCACCUCCUCCGGGACACAGCGAGACGUGGUUUCUGCGUCGCUGCUCUCUGGAAGCAGGCUCUAGAAAUACAACCGGUGCGUCGGUGUUUCUCAGCCCAUAUCAGGUGGAACUUUCCCUCCGUUUCUUCCUCUCUGUUAGUUUGUGAUGGUUCCUUCUAUUACACUUAAACUUUGUUCAUCGCCCCUUUUCUGUCCGAGUGUGGAAAUGGUUGCAGGAAGACCUGAGCAGAGGAGCCUUGAGGCAAAAGGCCAGACAGGAAAUACAGGAUCCCAUCCUUUAAUCGAGUCCUACUGGUGUCGCCUCCCCCCCUUCCUCCUUCCGCUGCCGUUUCCCACAGCGCUGUGCGUUCCUGUGGAUUGCCAGCUUGCCCAGGACCUCCCGCAGUGACGAGUGCAAAAGCCUCUGGGACUGAGACACACACACACAUACACACACAUACACACACACACACACACACACACACACACACAAAUAAUUGGGAGACCCUGAUGGGUGGAACCACUGCAGAAUAAUUCUGAGUCCCCAGGGCCAAGCAGUUCCGGCUGGCUGUUCCGAAAGUUUGAAUUCUUUUCUGUUGUUUUCCUCCCAGUGUCAGCGAAAAUCAAAACAAGGAUUUUUUUUUUUUUUUUUUUGUCUUGUAUGUAGUUUACCGCCGAUCCACUUGGAUGUUUUUCUCUCCCCUCAGCCAAUUAUCAGAAAGCAUUGUGAACUCGGUUAAUUAGACCACUAAACGACUCUUUCCUCUUUUGGCUCUGUGUAAUGCAUGCGUGGGGGGUGUAAUUAUUUUAAUGGUUCAUACUUUUGACAUUAUUUAUGGGCAGGUUGUGUGGUGGGGGGGUUUACUGCGUAGGUGUAAAAAGUGAGAAUGGAAUUCAUGACGUCUGGUUUCUCACAUCAAACCCAACAAUUACUGAGGGUUCAAGUUAACAGAGAGUGCUGAAACAAGCCUGUAUGCACUGAGACUCCCAACCUGUGCCAAUUUCUCGUAUCCAUGUCACUUUUUGAUGAGCGCAUGAUUUUUGUGUGUAAAUGCCAGAUUUUUUGUGAUGGAAGCAGCCGUUUGACAUUAUGCAUCCUCUUUUUUGUGACACUAAUCCAAGAAAGAGCAGAGCGUCAUCAGGGUUUCGGGGACUCGUCAGGCACCGUUUUUGGUGACGGGGACAUUUUGCGGUUGCGAACAAGACUGGAUGAAUACAGUCAGUCAUACAGGGGCUGUGACAAAUUUUUCAUCAUUCUUUUGGAUCAUCUUUACAAAAUCUUUUAUUUCUUAGCCUGGCUAGAGUCCUAAACUUUUACAGAACAGUUUAAAUUACAAUGACAUAUACAUUUAGGUAACUAAUCCUUUGGACAGAAAGAAAGUUUUAAAUAAUAAUGUAGAUAAAAUUGAUUAACGGAACCAGUUUUCUUAUACUUGCCAAGAAAUCAGUAACUUCCAUUCAGCCUUCACUUUUUUUUUUCCCUUUUCAUUAAAUUUAUUACAGAUACCUUCCAAACGCAUCCCCGAAAAAGGGCUGGAAGUACGGUGAUAUGUUAAACAGUAGGUAACACUGCAGGGUCAAAGUUCACCACAGAUAAGGACGUUUUCCUUUAACUGUGAAACCAUCAACACGUCUUCAGACUCCUUCCGAGUGUCCGCUCCAAACUGUAACUGUACUGAGACUCCAACACGGUGUGGUCGUUGGCUCAGUACAGGAGGUUUUGCAGGCGUAAACACGCCUUAGCUCAUGUUGUUUGUGUUUUGGGUUGAAGCGAGUGCGAGAGCUUGACGGGCCCAGACAGACACCACGCAGAUGCGCCACAGCUGAGAAUAAUUACUUAUUUAUAGGAGUGUGUGACUCCAACUUCCCGCCACCACGUCACCCGCGCCUUCGUCUGUGGAAUCCGACGUGAGCGCGUUGCACUCGUGUUCUUUGCACAGGUCCAUGCUCAGCCAGUCUUGUCGUGCUUACCAGACAACUGUUCCAGUGCUUGUUGACAAACAGAUUUAAUCUCACACAUCCUGCUAAGUAUGACCUGCUGCAGACAAGCAUUCGCAGUUGUGUUUUUUUUUUUUUUCUCCCCCCCCCUUCCCCAGACGAGUUAAGGAUCAUCUGUUCUCCAUUUCCUCCUUGGAGCACUCUGUUCCAGAUGUCACAUGACUCUGUGUGACAGCAGUGCCAUUGGAGAUGCCAUCUAGGAAUAUAAUAAUGAAAUAAUCACAAUAUUCAUGACUGUUAGUUGCGACAGGAACAAACCGGUUUUAUGGGUCUGAAGCCCACUAUGUUCUUCUGUGCAUCUUUGUAACAACAUAAAUUUGCUUUUUUUCUUUUCUUUUUUUUUUUUUUUUUUGCAGUCUCCAGAUGUUUUCUUCUGCAGUGGCUUUUCUUUA